UUGGGGGGAGAGAGGAUGUGAGGGCGAUUCUUCCAAGAUUGGCGUGUUAGGGUUUCCAUCAGGGGAUCGAUCGAUCGGGCGCGCACAAUGCGAGCGCAGCAGUGGAUCGAUCGACAGUGGCCGCGGCGGGGCCGCCGCGCAAGAGAUUCUUCUCGCGGAAUCUCUUUCCCUGUUGCGGCUUCGUCCUGCAUUGUCCCUCCUUUAGUGCUCGCCCGGAAAGGGACCGAAAUGGAACUACUUUAGGACUCGGGGAGGGGUAUUUUUGGCGAUCGAUGAUCAUGGAUCAGAAGCAGCACAAGGAGGGCGAUCAUCUUCUCAUCCUCGAGGGCGACGGCAUCACGUAUGUGGCCGUCCCGGACAAAGGUAGGAUCUGUUUUGUGGAUCACCACACGGGGACUUGGGCGCCUCUCCCCGAGUCCGAGCGAUGCUGCCUCCGAGAGAGCCAGCACGUCCACGCGCAUGUCCAUCACGGAGAGAUCACCGAGGAUGUCUUGCUCGAACAGUGCUUGGAGGAGACUUGUUGGGCUCUCCCGAUGUCCUGGGACGGGCUGAGUUCAUCGCUCAAGGACGAGCACAAGCAUAACGACGACUGUGGCCACAACCAAAUCGCUCACGGUGAUCACUAUGACUUUCUAGUCCCCAAGCAGGAUGGAUCAUACAUGCUCAUCCGAGAUGCCGGGGACUCUCAGUACGAGCAUGGCCGCCUGGUUAAGGUGGGGGAAUCGCUGGGAAAGCUCAAGAGGCGGCCGAAGCAGCUGAUGGAUAUCUUCAGCUACCAGGGCCCCGAAGGCAAAGGUUACGAGAUUCUUGCCGAGGAAGACGAUGCUGUGGUAGCUCCCAGGCUUGCCGAGGACAUCCUAAACAUUCCAGAGAAUUUCCAGCAAGUUGCACGGACGGUUUUAAACGUCAUGGGUAUUUGCUGCCCCUCGGAGGUUCCUCUCGUCAGGAAGAUCUUGGAACCUUUACCGGGUGUCAAGGAGGUGUCUGUGAACUACACGUCGCGGAUUGUGACAGUUCUUCACGACAGGCUCUUGACUCCUGAAGGACGUCUAGGUAGAGCUUUAGCUUUCGUGCUUGCUCUGUUUUCUUCUCACACCCGUUUUUUCCUUUCCUUUAUUGCCUUUUCUUCAGUCAAAGCACUCAACGAAGCUAGACUAGACGCAAGUUUACAUCAUCGUGGAGAGCUAAAGAGGUCUAGUAACUGGCCCAGUCCCUGGACCAUUUGUUGCGGUAUUCUACUGCUCGUAUCCUUCUUCAAACAUUUUUGGAACCCUUUGAAAUGGUUCGCUAUCGGAGCGGUGGCUGUUGGUAUACCGCCGAUUUUUAUGCGGAGCAUAGCGUCUCUAAGACGAUGGAUUCUAGACAUCAACAUUCUUAUGCUCAUAGCAGUCGGCGGUGCUAUUGCUCUAACUGACUACAUUGAAGCUGGAUCGAUCGUAUUUUUGUUUACUCUAGCUGAAUGGCUAGAAGGACGAUCGAGCGAGCAGGCGCGUUCCGCAUUGGCGUCCGGUCUGGAUGUCCCUCGAAACGCCAUCCUUGCCGAAACCGGGGCGAUGGUCCCCGUUGACGAAGUUAAACUUGGAUCAUCAAUUGCGGUCAAAGCUGGGGAGAUGAUUCCGGUAGACGGGAUUAUCAUGUCAGGAGAGUGCUCUUUGGAUGAAAGCAGCUUGACUGGUGAAUCAAAGCCUGUCGAGAAGGCUUGCGGAAGCGAAGUUUGGGCUGGAACAGUGAAUUUGGCUGGCUACAUCACCGUUCAAACCACUGCACUUGCUGAAGACUCGGCCGUCUCAAGAAUGAUCAAACUCGUGGAGGAAGCCCAAGCAAAACGAUCUCACUUCGAGCAGCUAGUGGAAAAGUUUGCAAAAUUCUACACUCCUGCUUUGGUAGCGACAGCUCUUGGUCUAGCACUCAUUCCGUUGAUAGCGCACACUCACCAUGAGAAACACUGGCUGUACUUAGCUCUCAUUUUGCUGGUUGUGGCUUGCCCGUGUGCUUUAGUCCUUUCGACGCCCGUCGCAGUAGCCUGUGGAAUACAACACGCAGCAAGACUUGGAGUCGUGAUCAAGGGUGGAAGCUACCUUGAAAUCCUUGCCAAGAUCAAGUGCUUGGCAAUGGAUAAGACAGGAACCUUGACAGAGGGACACUUCCGCGUUUCCGAAGUUGUACCUGUUGGUGAAACCGAAGACCUGCAACAAAUUUUGUAUUGGUUAACGAGUGUUGAAAGUAGAUCGAGCCAUCCAAUGGCCGCUGCACUCGUCACAUACGCUAGCUUACAAGAUGUUGUUCCAUCGAAAUCCGUUACAGACUUUCAGAUUAUUGAAGGCGAAGGUGUUUCCGCCGUUGUGGAUGGGCACUUGGUAGAGAUUGGUAACGCGCGAUUAGCAUCUCGCCUUGGCUGGAGCAGUACAGCCAUUACGAAGCUAAAGAAUCAAACAGGAACCGUCGGCUGGCUUGGAAAGGAUCACCAGCUCCUGGCAGUUUUUAGCCUCGAGGAUCAUGUACGGGAGGAAGCGGCAGAAGCAGUGUCGAGUCUAAAGCGUAUGAAGGUCCAGAUCCAUAUGCUAACUGGGGAUAACCAUGAGACGGCCCAGAGUGUCCAGAGAAAAUUGGGAGGAGUUACUGUACACGCCGGUCUUCUCCCCCAGGACAAAGUCAGAAUCAUCCAAGAGCUGAAAGAAAACCACGGUGUGACGGGAAUGAUAGGCGACGGGAUAAACGACGCCCCGGCUUUAGCAGCGGCGGACGUAGGAUUCGCCAUGGGUCUAGCCGGAUCAGCAGUGGCAAUGGAGACAUCGGACGUUUUCCUCAUGACCGACGAUCUCCGGAAGCUGAGCAUGGUGGCGAGUCUGGGAAGGAGAGUCCGCACCAAAGUUAUACAGAACGUUGUCAUCUCGGUGGGUCUCAAAGUCGCGAUGCUGGCACUCUCGUUCGCUGGCUAUGGCUACCUGUGGAUGGCGGUCCUGGUAGACGUCGGGGCGUGCUUGCUGGUGAUCUCAAACAGCACGCUUUUACUCCGAGGAACAGGGAAGAAGAGAUCAUCGGGCCACCACCAUCACCACGGAAAGAAUUGCAAGGAUCACGACCACGAUCACGACGGUGGUAAACAGUGCUCCAAGGACGACGAUCACGCCGGAAGAACACAGUGCUCUGAUCACGAGCAUGGCGCUGAGAAGCACCAGCACCAUCGCCAUCCCAGCCACGACCAUGGUCACAACCAUAGUCACGAACAUAGCCACCACAGUCACGACCAUCACCACCACCAGGAUCAAGGCCACUCACACUGCAAGAAGAAGCACGCUUGUGGCAAAGGCCACUCACACGCUCACUGCUAACGUUUGACAGAAUCUAAUUUAAACGCUGAGAAUAUGCUUGGUGAUUGUUAUUGGCC